UGAGGAAGACAAGACCAGGCGGACAGGCUGGCAGACAGACCUGUCCGAUUCACAACUCGCAAUCCGCGACCGGUGCUUGUAUUUCAGCUGCUGUUUCGCACUUCUACCGCUAACAUAUAUUUGAGAGAAUACCAGAAGCAGAUUCGUACGGCGUAGCAGCAAAAUCGGAUCGGUGUAGAAAACAGCACGCAACGCGAGAGAAGCAAAGAGAGAGAGAGAGAGAGAAAGAGAGAGAGAGAGAGAGAGGGACAAAGGGUGGGAGGGAGAGAGAGGGGGGAGAGAGAGUGGGAGAGAUAGAGUACGAGAGCGAGCGAGAGAGAGAGAGAGAGAGAGAGAGAGAGAGAGAGAGAGAGCGAGAGAGAGAGAACGAAAGAGAGCAAACGAGCGCCGUUACGAUAAAAGAGAAGUUUUUCGGAGCGUGUUCAGAAGCGUUCAAUGGUCGAAGCAGCUAUGCGCCACGCCGUCGUAGGGCUCCUAGCUAGCUAGUUCCAACUACGGGAGGUCUCUCGGGCCGCAGUUACGACCUCGAGAACGAGCGGGUUCACCUCGCGAAGAUGACCAUAAUAGUCUUUUUGAUCGACACAUCGGCCUCCAUGAAUCAGAGGGUUUAUUUGGGCGGGCGGCCCACGCUUUUGGAUGUAGCCAAGAGCGCAGUGGAGACUUUCGUGAAGGUACGACAAAGAUCACCGGAGAGCCGCGGAGAUCGUUAUAUGCUCCUGACCUUCGAAGAUCCGCCCCAGAAUAUCAAGGCUGGUUGGAAGGAAAAUUUGGCGACGUUCAUGAACGAAUUGAAAAAUUUACAAUGUGUUGGCCUUACGACUUUAGGUGCCGCAUUAAAACAUGCUUUGGAUGUUUUAAAUAUAAAUCGGAUGCAAACUGGGAUUGAUACGUAUGGUCAAGGAAGAUGUCCGUUUUAUUUAGAGCCAUCUGUAAUUGUUGUUAUAACAGAUGGUGGAAAAUAUACGACCAACAGUGGAGUACAUCAAGAUUUUACUUUGCCAAUGCAUUCUCCUAUACCUGGAUCAGAAUUAACAAAGGAACCAUUUAGAUGGGACCAAAGACUAUUUUCUUUGGUGUUAAGAUUAUCGGGAACACCGGCCGUCGAACGAGAUACGGGUUUAGUUGCAAGUGAUUCAUCACCGAUAGAUGCAAUGUGUGAAGUAACCGGAGGUCGCUCAUACUGCAUAACAUCCUUCAGAAUGAUGAUGCAAUGCAUUGAUUCGUUAGUACAAAAAGUCCAAUCCGGCGUAGUAAUAAAUUUUGAAAAGAUUGGACCAGAUCCUCCACCGCUUUCUAAUGAGGUACAACAUCAGGAUGAAGAUGAGAAUGAAGAUGAAAAUAAUACUAACAAUGGCCCUAGAACUCAAUAUUCUACAAAUCCAACAAUACCAGGAAACACAGCAUGGCAUUCUUGUAGAAGAUUGAUUUAUGUUCCACGUUCGGCACAGAAAGGAUUUGCAGUUGGCUUUUGGCCAAUUCCAGAAAGUUUUUGGCCAGACUUAAGUGCUAGUUCACUGCCACCAAGAUCUGCACAUCCCAAUGUCAAGUUUACCUGUACCAGUCAAGAACCAAUGGUGAUAGAAAAUCUACCAUUUGAUAAAUAUGAAUUGGAGCCCAGCCCACUAACGCAGUACAUUUUAGCCAGAAAACAACCAACAAUAUGUUGGCAAGUAUUUGUAGCAAAUUCUUAUAAGUCCAGUGAGGUUGGUCAUCCUUUUGGAUAUUUGAAAGCAAGCACAAACUUAACUUGUGUAAAUUUAUUCGUUAUGCCCUAUAAUUAUCCUGUGUUGUUACCGUUAUUGGAAGAAUUAUUUAAAGUGCAUAGGCUAAAACCAACAAACGAAUGGAGAACACAAUUUCAGAAUUAUAUGAGAACCAUGCCUACUUAUUAUGCUGCAUCAUUAAGGAGAGCAUUAACGAGAAUGGGUGCACCUACUCCAUUAGCACAAACUUUAAUACCUGAUAACAUGGAUAAUUCUCUAUCAUAUAGUGUUUUAAAUUAUUUAAAACGCUUGAAAAAUCAAGCUAAAAUAGAGUUUGAUAGAUUAUGCAACGAAGUUAUUUCCAAACAAGUUGCAGCUGCUAAUAUGACCAAAAAUUUAACAAAUGCUAGUACAACUACCAUAACAGAAGGCGUUAGAGUUAUUCCUAGAACACCGUUAAAAAAAGAUUUGGUAUCACAUCCUUUAUUACAAGACAAAUUCACAGGACUUAGAGAUCAAUUAAAUGAAUUUGGUGGAUUUGUAGUUGGUUUAGUAAAAAAUCAACAACAACAGCGUGGUGCACAGAGCUAUCGUAAUGCUUUUGAUGUCCCAAGAAAAUCACUUUUGGAUCAAGUUGUGAGAAUGCGUGCAAAUUUUUUGCAACCAGGAUUAUUACACACAAAAUUAUUGGAUGAUGACUAUGUUCAUUCGAUGCCUUUAGCACAGAUGGGAAAUUAUCAGGAAUAUUUAAAAAGGAUGACACCACCUUUAAGAGAGAUUGAAAGCGUACCUGUUAGACAACAUAUGUUUGGUAAUCCUUUUAAAAUAGAUAAACGGAUGAUGGUAGAUGAAGCAGAUAUCGAUAUGGUUGGAGCAACAUCUUCUACAUCAAAAGGUGGUAUAAAGCGUUCGUUACCACCAGCCGAUGGAGGAGGGACACCCGUUCCAAGACCACCUCCAAAUAAAAGAAAACCAGGCCCUAUUCCGAAAGAUGUAAUUGUACGAAGACCUUCAUAUUCUCCUGCUAAUACACCUCCAAGUUCUCCAAUACCUUGGAUGGAUGAAACCAAAAAUCAAGUGCUCUCGAAUCUUGAACUAAACACUUCACCAAACUUAAUGAAUGCAAGUCAUGUAACAAAUACACCAUGUGCAAGUUCACAAGAAAAAUUAGUGAACGGACUUGCGGAAAUGCCAACAAUACCUAUUUUUGAAGCUAUUUCAGCCGAACAUAUUAAUAAUCAUAUGGAUAGUCCACCUACUUUAACACCAAUUGUAGUUAAUAAUGUUGACAGCUUGAAAAGUGAUGUUAAAAGUGAAAGGAUAGAUCUUGUUAAUGUGGAAAGUAAUAGACUGCCUUCUAAUGAUAGCAGCGAAAAUAGUGUAAAAAUUGAAAGUGCAGUUGAAGAAAGGUUAACGAAUCACGUUGAAGAGAAACGAGAACCGAAGAUAGAAAAAGAAAAGGUCUUUACGAAAAAAGAAUUAGAGGAUAUAAGAAGACACAAUUUAUCGGUCAGAGAACUUGUUUAUAAAGAAGUACGAAGACGGGGAACAAAUCACGCAACAUUAUUUUCGCAUCUGCACCAAAUUCAAGGAACAUUGGAUAUUCGACUUGCAUUUGUGAAAGACAUUGUUAAAGAAUCAUUACGCUUUAAAAGACGUAAUUUAGCAACAUUAUUAGAAGAAUAUCUUAAGACUAUACAAGAAGACGUUUGGACAGUGAAUCACAAGGUGAAUCACAAUGGUGCCACAAAAAUAAGCUAGGCAUUAAUCGUCUUGUAAAAAAGGAUUGUUUUAAAGAAGGCAUGAAGCUCUUUUUGAAAUGACUUAUAAAAAAAAGUCAAUAGAGUAUAAAGCACAUGCUGUGCAUACUUUUAACUUUAAAAAAGAAACAAAAAAAAAGGAAAGAAAAGAAAAGAAGAAGAAGAUUAGUAAUAUUCAAAAAUAAAUAUUGCAAAAUGCUUGAAUAGUAGCAGCAAUUUCUAUUGAUAAAUGCACUUUAGGUGUUAACCAAGAAGAUACCACUCUUUUAUAUCGUUUAAUUAAUAUUUUUAUUUUAUGAGUGUUCAGUUGGUAGAAAAUUUGUUUUUUUGUUGUUAUCUGUAUAUACUUAAAAACUUAUAUUAUGACAAUAAAUUCUUCCUAAAGUUGGAAUUUGCAGAUUUUU